AUGGACCAAACCCUCCAAGAAGAACGCAAAAAGUUAGACGAUCUAGUCGCGCGGCUGCAAGCUGAGCUUACCCAAGCACAACAACAAGCGACAUGCCUUGCGAAAGCGCAAGAGACCUACGACCUACUAGCGAAGAGGGUGAACAAACUGGACAGACUACCAAGACAUAUUUGCGCAGACGUGCUCCCACUUCGAUAUUCAACGAGUGGAAAUACUCCUUUGAAAUCUGUUCCAAUUGCAGUCUUUGUGGCGCUAACAAGAUAUCUCACAAAGACCGAAAUCGAGGCCCUAAUACAACACAAUUCGUCACUGUCAGCAGCAGUUGCACUGCUUGCCACGCCCGAGAUACACGUGAACUGGUACAGGUGCUUCGAAGAAUGGAAAAAAUCUUCGGACCCCAGACAUCUUCGAGAUUACUUCACCGAAAUAACAGAUGCCAUCAUCGCCCUAAACGGAUUGCAAGCACCGAACGAGGACGAGAUAGAGAUGCCGUCGGUCCACACACAUGGCAGCACUCGUCAUCAAAAAAGAAGACGUGUUUGCGCAGAGGCGACUGACGUCUCCGACCGAGAGACGCCCACACCGGAGGCCGAUACUUCCGGCACUUCGAACGCUUGUACUAACAUCGAUCCUCAACAUCAACACACUCCUCCCACCUACGUCGACUAUACCUUUGCCUAUAUGUUCAAGACGCAGGAGAUGUUCAGCAUAUUCUCAGAACCCUUCAUGGCCCGAAUCCAGAGUCUUGCGACAUGGGGUACGGAGAGGACAACGUCGUGCAUCCGGGCACACAUGACAGGGAAAAAGAUGGAGUUUGUGUUUGACUGGGAGCUCCCAACCGCUCCUCCUGUGGAAGAAAUUUUGAGCGGUCCGUCUCAAGCGACAGUAAACAUUAAGCACGUCACGCAGCUUUGCCUCUGUGUACCAUACGAAGAAGGGCAACAUAUGCUAAACCUCAUGACUGGGCCUGCGCCUCAUACUCGAAUUUAA